AUGUCGGAGGUAAAUGAUCUGGUAUUAUUUCGAGAUUACCAGGUAGAAACAUUGUCUUCAUUUUUGAAUGCAGAUCCCAACAUUACUCCUCCAAACCUGGUUAUACAAGGAUAUAGCGGUACUGGUAAGACGUAUACUUUACAACAAUUUUUCGCUGUGAACCAAUUCCUUAUAAAUGUUUGGUUAGAACCAAUUGAACUAAUUACUUGGAAACCAUUUAUGCAGGCGGUGGCUAGAACUGUUCAAAAUAAGUUGAAAAGUACCUUUGCCAAUGUUAAAACACCGGAUUAUGAUCCAUUAGAUGUAGAAGAACCAUAUCUUUUGGUGAAAUUUCUAAGCAAUCUCUUUGAAAACUAUCAAUCCUUCUUGGAGGAUUCCAUAUGUAUUUUCCUUGUCUGUGAUGGAUUUGACAGUUUACAAGAUCUGGAUGCUGCACUAUUUCACAAAUUUAUUAGCCUCCACGAAUUGAUACCAGUUGAUUCAAAGAUCCAAUUAAAAGUGAUUUAUACCAUACAAGAUACGGCAUUUAUUGAAAGGUAUUCAUCCCAUAAUCUUCCGCUAAUAGUUUUUCCUCGAUACAACAUGGAUCAGAUAACUGAUAUUUUGGUCUUUGCCAGAGCACAAGAAUUGAUUGAAAGUGAACCAUUAAGACGAAAAGUUUUACAAGGUCAAAUUGAUGAAUGUACAGAUGAUGAAUUUUUAGGUGUUGCCAUCAACUUUAUCAAAUUGAUUGUUCAAGCUUUCCAUUCAUACACAGGAAAUGACAUCUCUUCCCUAAACGAUUUGAUAGAUUUUAAAUGGGAAAGUUAUGUGAACAAGAUCAAUAGGCAAAACAUGUUUGAUCCCUUAGGACUCUAUCGAAGCGCCAUCGCUAUCUUUUUAACUACAGACGAUAGUUUAAAUGCAGACUACCCCGAAAAUAAUCAAUCGAAGGGUGCAAAUGAAGCCACUCAAACUUAUGAAUUAUCACCCAUAUCGAAAUACCUACUCAUUGCAGCUUAUAUCUGUUCAUAUCUUGAACCUCGCUAUGAUUCUAGUGUCUUUUCAAGGAAAUCCCAUGUUAAAACCGGAAGAGGAUCCUAUGGUAGAAGGAAGAAGAUGGAAACUAAUCCGAGGUAUCUUCAACCUUCUCUUUUCUCCGUUGAAAGGUUAUUAGCUGUAUUCCAGGCAAUAUUUCCUGUAGAUACUAAGGCACAAAGAGGUUCCUUAGCAUCUCUUAAGGAGGAUUCAUUAAUGAGAGCUAAUGUCGAAGUAUUUCAAAAUUUAGCAGAAUUACACUCGUUGAAAUUAGUAGCAACUACUGUUAGCAAGAAUAUUGAUUUCUUGAACUAUAAAGUUAAGUGGAAGGUUAACGUGCCGUGGGAAAUUGUCAGUGAAGUUUCUAAGUCAGUUAAUUUUGAUGUGGGACAGUACUUUAUUGGAGAUACAUGA